AUGAGACCCUCACUCUCAAAUCCUCCACAUCUGUUCUUCCCAUUCCCUUCUCCUUUCACUCUCACCUUCAAUCCCAAACCCUUUAUCAUCUCCCGAAAAUCGCAACCACUGUUGCUGUUUGCAGUCAACAACAACGAAAAGGGGAAAACAGUAGAAGGAAAACAAGAAGAAGAUGUUAACGAUUCAAGCAAACAAACAAGACCAGCCUUGUUUGGUUUCAAUUGGAAAACCCUUUUAGACCCUGACCCUGAUAACGUUGUUGCUCUUGGAUUAACGGGUCUUCUCACAUGGGCCAGUGUUCAAGUCCUCUGGCAGCUCUUGUUUAUCUCCUUCACCAUUCUCGUUGCUGCUCUCAAGUAUUCUUUCAUUGCUGCACUUCUCAUUUUCAUUCUCAUCACCCUUCUCUGA